CAGCAUUGGUUUUGUUUCCGGGGUCUGGAGUCGCAGCGCACACGCUUAUGUUCUGUGGAGCUGAGCAGUAGCUGAACUUUCCGUCCUCGAACUGAAAAGCUGCUCUCCCAGACCUGCUGUUCCCAUGGUGACAGGAGCCGGUCCUGUUCAGGAGCUCGGGGCACUAACAGGAGCCCCACGUGGUGUUGUUCCGUUUCUCCUCUAGGCUCAGAACUUCUCCUGACCAAAAUGAAGAACAGAGGAGGAGGCUCGUUUGACCCGCGUCUUAAACAAAGAGUGCAACAGUAUCUAGCCUCCAGCAGCAGUGAAUAUGUUGACCUUGUAGAAAUGGCCCUGGACCUUCAAAGACAAUACAGAGUGGAGUACGGCAGAAGAAACAGGACGGCGUUCAGGAUCCAAGUGGAGAAAGUGUAUGAUGCAGUCAAAGAGGACGUAGACCUGGACGCGUUGGAGAGCAAACACCUGGCCAAGAGAGCCAGGAGCAGCUGCAAUGAAGCUGGGGAUGGCAGCAGCUCGGAGGAGUCCUCAGACAGCGAUGAACAGGUUCUGGGCAACACGCCCAACAGCUCUGUUACAUCCCUGUACCGUAAGGGUCCUUCUGCAGCCAGCAGUCCUGCCAGCAGGACCAACCCUGCUCCAAACGAAGGGACUGUGGUUUCCUCUGGGGGCUGGUUUAUUGAUAAAGGCAGAGGCCCCACGAAGCCCGUCUUCAUCGACCUGUGUAAAGAGGAGUCGGCUGAUUCAGAAACAAGAAGAGGCAUGUCCCAACUGGAGCCUGAGAUGAGUCCAAAGAAGUCAAAAAAAAGGGCAAAGAGCUCGGCUGAAUCUGCUGACUCUCGCAGCGUCAACAAGAAAGCAAAGUCAAAGUCCCCAGAGCUGCAGUAUCCCUCUCUGAAGUUUGAAGAUGUUGGGGGAAAUGAGGAGAUUUUAACGGAGGUGUGUAAGCUUCUGGUACAUAUGCGUCACCCUGAGGUGUACCAGCACCUCGGGAUGGUUCCUCCCAGGGGUUUCCUCCUGCAUGGACCUCCUGGCUGUGGAAAGACCCUGCUGGCCCAGGCUGUGGCUGGGGAGCUGCAGAUCCCCAUGCUGAAGGUGUCUGCUCCAGAGCUGGUGUCCGGGGUGUCAGGAGAGUCAGAGCAGAAGCUCAGAGAGCUGUUUGACCUGGCUGUGACCUCCAGUCCAUGCAUUUUGUUCAUAGAUGAGAUAGACGCCAUCACGCCUAAAAGAGAGGUAGCUUCUAAGGACAUGGAGAGGAGGAUUGUAGCCCAGCUGCUGACCUGCAUGGACGACCUGAACAGUGUGACGGUGACUGCUCAGGUUCUGGUCAUCGGGGCCACGAACAGGCCUGACUCCCUGGACCCCGCCCUCCGCAGAGCUGGACGCUUCGACAGAGAAAUCUGUCUGGGGAUCCCUGAUGAGAGCGCUCGGCUUAGGAUCUUGAAGACGUUGUGUCGGAGGCUGACGCUGCCUGAAGAUUUCGACUACGGGCAGCUGGCUCGGCUAACACCAGGCUACGUGGGUGCAGACCUCAUGGCUCUGUGCCGGGAAGCCGCCAUGGCUGCUGUGAACCGAGUUCUGUUGGAAACGAGGCCACUGCCUCAGAGUCUACCCCAGAACUGUGACGAGGAACCGUCCGGAAGUACGGAGCAGACCAAGGCGGUAAAGGACGUGCAGCAGCAGGGCGAACUCUGGCAGCUUCUGAACCUGCUGAAAAGCACAGAGACACUGUCGGAGCAGGAGCUGGCUGGCCUGUCCAUCCUCAUGUCUGACUUUCAGGACGCUCUGGCCCGGGUUCAGCCUUCAGCCAAGAGGGAAGGCUUUGCCACUGUGCCAGACGUCACCUGGGACAAUGUAGGAGCUCUGCAGAACAUCCGGGAAGAGCUCACCAUGGCCAUACUGGCUCCCGUUCGCUCUCCAGAACAGUUCAGAGCUCUGGGGCUUAGUGCUCCAUCCGGGGUGCUGCUGGCUGGACCCCCGGGCUGUGGGAAAACACUGCUGGCCAAGGCGGUGGCCAAUGAGUCAGGCCUCAACUUCAUCUCAGUCAAAGGUCCAGAGCUGCUCAACAUGUAUGUGGGGGAGAGCGAGCGGGCCGUUCGACAGGUCUUCCAGAGGGGACAGAACUCGUCUCCGUGCGUCAUCUUCUUCGACGAGAUCGACGCUCUGUGUCCUCGUCGUUCGGGCCAUGAGUCAGGAGCCAGUGUGCGUGUCGUUAAUCAGCUGCUAACAGAGAUGGAUGGCUUAGAAACACGGCGACAGGUCUUCAUCAUGGCUGCAACCAACAGGCCAGAUAUCAUUGAUCCCGCCAUACUGAGGCCAGGGCGUCUAGAUAAAACCCUAUAUGUGGGGCUCCCAUGUGCAGCAGAUCGCCAUGCCAUCCUGCUCACUGUUACUAAGGGGGGGACUAAACCUCAGCUGGAGCAGGACGUCCAUCUUGAAGAGAUCGCCUUUGAUGAACGGUGUAAUUUUUUUUCGGGAGCUGACCUGACGGCCCUAGUGAGGGAAGCAUCUGUAAACGCCCUGAAGGCCUACAUGAAGUCCCAGGACUGUGCUCAGACCCAUCCAGCUGGCUGUGCUGCUGGCAUCAAGGUGAGCAAACAGAACUUUGAGGAUGCCUUCAAGACCAUUCGGCCAUCUGUGUCCAAAAAGGACCAGCUGAUGUAUGAGCAGCUCAGAGAGUCCCUCAGCAGAUGAGCGCCAAACCAGAGGCAGUUGUCCCAAGAAUGAUGUAUCUGCUUUGCUUUGAAGCGUCAAUACACACACAUUGUUGGUUUUUUUAAUAAAAAUGUGAUGCCAACCUG